CAAAAUGACCAUGAUUUAGAUAUUUCCUCUUUAUAUACAAACUAAAACUAUUCUUCCUCACACAGAGAACUUCCUGAAGACUUCCCACAAUGCAACUGAGGCAUAUAAAGACACUGUUAAUCCCGCAGGAGGGUGCUGCCAAAGUGACGUGCAUGACCUGGGCACCCAACAACACCAAGUUUGCUGUUUGCACCGUGGACAGAGUGGUGCUGCUGUACGAUGAGCAGGGAGAGAGGAGAGACAAGUUCUCCACCAAGCCUCUGGACUCCAAGUAUGGGAAACAGAGCUAUGUGGUUAAUGACAUGGUGUUCUCACCGGACUCCACCAAGAUCGCCAUCGGCCAGUCUGACAACAUCAUCUUCGUCUACAGGAUCGGGGAGGAGUGGGGGGAUAAGAAAGCCAUAUGCAACAAAUUUGUCCAGACAAGUGCUGUGACGUGUCUGCUUUGGCCUGCGGAGCACGCUGUUGUGUAUGGGCUGGUUGAUGGAAAGGUUCGCCUCGCCAACACUCAGACCAACAAGUCGUCCACCAUCUACGGCACCGAGUCCUGUGUCGUCUCACUCACAUCCAAUGUUUCAGGUAAAGGCAUCCUGUCCGGUCACGCUGACGGGACGGUCGUUCGUUACUUCUUCGAUGAUGAAGGCUCGGGGGAGUCUCAGGGGAAGCUGCUGACUCACACCUGCCCCCCCUACGCUCUGGCCUGGGGGGCAAACAGCAUCAUGGUGGGAGGCUGUGAUAAGAAGGUGGUGGCGUACGGCAGAGAGGGUCACAUCCUGCAGACCUUCGACUACACCCGAGACCAGAUGGAGAGGGAGUUCACCGUGGCCUCCACCAGCCCCAGCGGCCAGUCGGUGGUGUUCGGCAGCUACGACCGGUUACGGGUGUUUAACUGGGCUCCGAGGAGAGGCAUGUGGGAUGAAGCCAAGCCUAAAGAGAUCCCCAACCUUUACACCAUCACCAGCUUGGCCUGGAAGAAAGACGGAUCACGCCUCUGUGCCGGGACUCUGUGUGGAGGGGUGGAGCUGUUUGAUUGCUGCCUGCGGAGAACCAUCUAUAAGAACAAGUUUGAGAUGACCUACGUUGGCCUGAGCCAGGUGAUAGUGAGGAACCUCUCCACGGGGACGCGGGUCGUCCUGAAGUCCUACUACGGCUACGAGAUCGAAGAGGUUAAAAUCAUGGGCAAGGAUCGCUUCCUGGUGGCUCACACCUCCGACACGCUGCUGCUGGGAGACCUGCUGACCAAUAAACUGAGCGAGGUGCCGUGGCCCGGCUCUGGAGGAAAUGAAAAGUUCUUCUUUGAGAAUGAAUCAGUUUGCAUGAUAUUUAACGCUGGAGAGCUGAGCCUGGUGGAGUACAGCAACAACGAGAUCCUGGGAUCAGUCAGGACAGAGUUUAUGAACCCCCACCUCAUCAGUGUCCGACUAAAUGAGAGGAAGCAGAGAGGAACGGAGGACAAUAAAAAGCUCGCCUAUCUGAUUGACAUAAAGACCAUCGCUGUGGUGGACUUGGCUGGAGGCUACAAUCUGGGAACCAUCAGUCACGACUCCAAAAUCGACUGGCUGGAGCUCAAUGAGACCGGGCGCAAACUGCUGUUCAGGGACAAGAAGCUGCGGCUCCAUUUGUACGACAUAGAGAGCUCCGUGAAGACUACGCUGCUGAGUUUCUGCUCAUACGUCCAGUGGGUGCCCGGCAGUGACGUGGUGGUUGCCCAAAACAGGGGAAACCUCUGCAUCUGGUACAGUAUCGACAGCCCAGAGAGCAUCACCAUGUUCCCGAUAAAGGGAGACAUUGUGGAUCUGGAAAGGGUGGACGGGAAGACGGACGUGAUGGUGACGGAGGGCGUAAACACGGUGACCUGCACACUGGACGAAGGCCUCAUUGAGUUUGGCACCGCUGUUGAUGACGGAGACUAUGACAGAGCCACAGCAUUUCUUGAGACUCUGGAGAUGUCACCAGAGACUGAAGCCAUGUGGAAGACGCUCAGCAAGCUGGCUGUAGAGGCAUGCCAGCUGCACAUCGCAGAAAGGUGUUUUGCAGCGUUGGGCGAUGUCUCCACUCUUCGUUUCCUCCACCAAACCAACCAGAUAGCAGACAAAGUUUCAGAGGAAAUGGCCGGAGAUCUGUACGAGAAGAUCAGGAACAACCAGAGAGCUCUGGAGUGCUACUGCAAAGGAGCCGCUUUCAGGAAAGCGGUGGAGCUGGCUCGCAUCGCCUUCCCUGCCGAGGUGGUGAAACUGGAGGAGGCCUGGGGAGAUUACCUCGUCCAGCAGAAACAGAUGGACGCCGCCAUCAACCACUUCAUUGAAGCAGGCUGCUCUGUGAAAGCCAUCGAGGCGGCCAUCGCUGCUCGCCAGUGGAAGAAAGCCGUCCACAUCCUGGAGCUACAGGAGGAUCCGUCCACAGCCCCUUACUACGUGAAGAUAGCUCAGUACUACGCCUCCAUGCAGGACUAUGAGGUGGCAGAGCAGCUGUUUGUGAAAGGAGGCCACAUUAAAGAUGCUAUAGAGAUGUUCACUACGGCAGGACGCUGGGAGGAGGCUCAUAAGUUGGCAGUGAAGUGUAUGACAGAGGAGGAAGUGAUGGCUCUGUAUAUCAGCCGAGCUCAGGAGCUGGAGAGAGACGGCAAAUUCAAAGAGGCUGAGAGGCUUUUUGCCACGGUGAAGCAGCCCGAUCUCGCCAUCACCAUGUAUAAGAAGAACCGGAUGUUCGAUGACGUCAUUCGCUUGGUGGCCAAACAUCAUCCGGACCUGCUGACAGAGACUCACCUCCACCUGGCCAAGGAGCUGGAGGCUGAAUCCAGGUUCUCAGAGGCAGAGUAUCACUUCAUGGAGGCUGAAGAGUGGAAGGCUGCCGUCCACAUGUACCGAGUCAACGAUAUGUGGGAGGAGGCUCACAGGGUGGCUAAGAGCCAUGGAGGUGCAGGUGCGCAGAAGCAGGUGGCGUACCUGUGGGCCAGAAGCCUGGGAGGAGAGGCGGCCGUCAAGCUGCUCAACAAGUUCGGCCUGCUGGAAUACGCCAUCGAGUCUGCUUCAAAUAACCUAUCAUUUGACUUCGCCUUUGAUUUGGCUCGCGUCUCAUGUAAGGAGAAGAUCCCCGAGAUCCACCUCAAACACGCCAUAUACCUGGAAGAUGAGGGAAAAUUUGCCGAAGCUGAAGUCGAGUUCAUCAAAGCGGGAAAACCCAAAGAAGCUGUGCUCAUGUACGUCCACAACAAAGACUGGACCAACGCGCAGCGGGUUGCUGAGAACCACGAUCCAGAGAGUGUGUCUGAGGUUCUGGUCGGCCAAGCCAAGUUCUGCUUUGAACAGAAAGACUACCAGAAGGCUGAAGCUUUCCUGCUCCGAGCCCAGAGACCCGACCUGGCCGUUAAAUAUUACAAGGAUGGUGACAUGUGGAGUGAUGCGAUGCGUAUCUGUAAGGAGUAUCUCCCCAACAAGCUCUCGUUGCUCCAGGAGGAAUACGAGAAGGAGACGGCCAAGAAGGGAAACCGUGGUGUGGAGGGUCUGCUGGAACAGGCCCGAGAGUGGGAGCAGUCUGGUGAAUACGCUCGGGCUGUGGAGUGUUACCUGAAGGUGAAGGAAGACUCAAAUACAGCCCUGAUGGAGAAAUGCUGGAUGAAGGCAGCAGAGUUGGCCAUCAAGUUCCUCAGUGGAGAGCGACCGGUGGAGGUUAUCCGGGUGGUCGGACCUCGCCUCACAAAGCUGAGGAAGUACAACGCUGCCGCUGAGCUCUACUUAAAUAUGGACCUGAUCAAAGAGGCCAUCGAUGUCUUCAUUGAGGGAGAGGAGUGGAACAAAGCCAAGAGAGUCGCCAAGGAGCUGGAGCCAAGGUAUGAGGACUAUGUGGACCAGAAGUACAAAGAGCACCUCAAGAACCAAGGCAAAGUGGAGUCUCUGGUGGGUGUGGACGUCAUGGCAGCUCUGGAUAUGUAUGCAGACAGAGGACAAUGGGAGAAAUGUCUGGAAACAGCAUCUAAACAGAACUUUAAGAUCCUCCAUAAAUACGUCGCUCUGUACGCCACACACCUCAUCAAAGAGGACGACGCUCCGAGGGCCCUGCAGCUCUACAUACAGCAUGGAGCACCUCCGAACCCUCAGAACUUCAACAUCUACAAGCGUUUGUUCCUGGAUCUGAUCAACCUUCCCGACACCGACGGACAUGAGGCUUACCGCAUGUGGGCCGAACUCCGCAACUUCCUGCUGCAGCUGUGUGAGAACUUGUCGAAGUCGGCUGAGGUGAACUCUGCAGCUCAUGAAGAGUUUGAGCAGAUGCUGCUGAUCGCUCACUACUACGCCACGAGGUCCGCAGCCAGAGGCGUCGAGCAGCUGAUCGGCGUAGCGUCCAGACUGUCGGUGUCGCUGCUGCGUCACACUGAGCUGGUUCCUGCAGAGAAAGCUUUCUACGAGGCGGGGCUCGCCUGCAGGGAAGUCGGCUGGGAGAACAUGGCCUUCAUCUUUCUCAACCACUUCUUGGACCUGUGUGACGCCAUCGAUGAGGGAACGCUGGGAAACCUGGAUCACUCCGACUUCCUGAACACCGACAUUCCCUUUGAAGUUCCAGUUCCCACCAAACUCUGCAUCACCGUGGCCCAGCGGGAGGCGAUCCGUGAUUGGGUGUUGAUGGUUUCCAUGGAUCAGCGGCUGGAGCAGAUUCUGCCGCAGGACGAGAGGAACACGUACGAAGCCUCGCUGGUGGCCGUCAAUACCGGCAUCCGCUCGCUGCCGUGUGUCCUCACCGGUUAUCCUGUUCUGAGGAAUAAGAUCGAGUUCUCGUCUCCGGGAAGAGCCGCCAACAAAGAAGAUUGGAACAAAUUCCUCAUGGCCACGAAGACCACUCACAGCCCGGAGUGUCAGGACGUCCUGAAGUUCAUCAGCCAGUGGUGUGGCGGUCUGCCGGCGUCGGGAUUCUCCUUCCACUGAAACACACAC